AUGAUUCUUCAAAUCUGUUUCAAUUUCAAGGAGAAAGUUAUAGCAAAUACCUAUGAAAAUAUAAUUAUUCUAUUAAAUCUUAGAUAG